AUGUCGCCCAUCAAGUUCUUAUCUGUGUUUUUUAUCAGCUCUGCAUUGCUGUUAAUUGCACAUGGAAGACCGCUGGAAGAAUUCAGCAGUGAAGAUGAUCGCAUGAAUGAGAUUAGCGCCGAAUUUAUCAGAAAACGGAUUAUGUCAGAUGUGGAUCGCAUAUUCAGCAGUGCCGAAAUUCAAAAGUCAAAGGGUACAAAUAAAAUUAAGAGAAACAACGCAGAGACUACCAAGAGUUCCAAGCAUGCUCAUGGCAUGAUCACAUCCAUGCUGAGCUUUGUCAGCAAUGUUUUUAACUUUGGCAAAACAAUGAUACGUAACGAAUAA